AUGAAGAAGCCCACUGCCCAAGAAGUGAAGAGGAAGAUAGAUUCUAAGAUCUUCCAGCUGCAGUCGUCCCUCCUGGCGGAGGAUGUCGGGGAGAUCGACGAGGCGCUGCUGCGAGAGUGCGCGGCGUGGUUCUGUCCCCAGCACCUGCAGGACAUCGUCAUCGAGAGGAGCGAGGCCGAGGGGAGGUGCGGUUGGCCCGGCUGCGGCAACAAGCUUCCCUCCUGGCGCCUGGCCGCGCCGCUGGUGUUCGACCUGCCCGAGGGAGAGCAGCUAGGGAGGUUCUGCGAGCGAUCGUGCAUGGCGGAUCCACCGGCGUCAACGGCGACAGUCAUGGCGCCGCAGGAGCCGGUGCCAAGAAGGUCUACAAGCGGGCCCGGCGAAGAGACCUCCCCCCUCCCAAGGAGCGCCUACCUGCUGGUGGUGGUGCUGCUGCUGCAGCAGAUCGUGUUGUUGCCGAUAACGCCGGCAAGGGUGCCGGUGUCGACCGCCAGGAGGGAGGAUCGGAGAAGAGCGCCGGUGAAGAAGCGCCGGCCCUUGCUGUUCCAGGGAAGCAAGCUGCUGAUGGAGAGGCCGCCGUCUCUUCCUCGGCCGCGGUUUCUGACAAAGGCGGAGACGACGAGCGCGUGGGAACGCCGGCAGAGGCAAGCGACAUCACCUACAGCAGCAGUGGUCGUGGAGAAGGCAUGGCAACAGGCGAGGGCGGCGGCGGCGGCGGUGGCGACAGGCACCGGGCCGGGCAGGCGAAGAGGGCGCGGACGCGGCUCGGGUAAAGCUUCAUCUGGCAGAGGCCGAGGCGGAAAGCCGGCGGCGGCGGCGAGGAAGAGCGUGCUGGGAGGGGUCGUCGAGCGCGCCCCCUCGGUGCCCGCUCCGAUGGAGGUGAGGGUGGGCGGUCGCGCACAGGGCGGCGCGGGGGCGGUGGAGGGACACCUCCCGAAGAUCGAGGCCGACCUGUCCUUUCGAGUUAUGCCCCGCGGGGGCUAUCCCGGGGUCGGCGGCGGCGGUGGUCCGGGUUUCGCGGGCGGCGGGGGGGGUGGAGUGGAGGAGGCGAAAGGUGCCCGAGAGUACGGGCUUGGCGUGGACGGAGGACCCUUGACGGCGGAUGAGGUGGAGGACGAGAAGGAGAUGGAAGAAGAAGAAGAAGAAGAAGAAGAUGGGGCCAUCUGGCGCGAGACCUUCGGAGAAGAGAUGCCUGCCGAGGUGUCGUCGGGGUCAUGGAUAGACAUGGACGCCGUCCGAGACAAGGAGAUGCGGGAGGAAUUCGCGUCGUCGAUUGCCCCCUUCGCCCUGCUGUGGAGCGCCCUGUCGGAGUGGGUAUCCCCAGAGACGCGCGCUGUGUGCCAAGCUGGUCGAGCAGCAGCAGCAGCAGCAGCGGCGGCGGCGGCGGCGGCGGCGGCGGCGUCGCCGCUCCCGUCUGCGGGCAAGGCCAAAACGGGUGGCGUCAAUGGUCGUUCGUUGUCAGAAAUCGGGGACGUUGCCGCUGAACCGGCGGGUUCUCCGGCGAUUACGGGGGCAUCGUGUUGCGACGUUUCGGAGCAGGGCCCACGUAUCGACAGCAGUCACAGUAGCAGCGCAUCGCCCGGUCACUUAGGGCCCGUACCCGCCGACUUCCAAGCUAGAAAGGCGGGCGCGGUGGCGGAAGCGAUAGAGGCGGAGAUGAGUCGUCACGCCAAGCGUAACAGAGACCGCCGGAAAGCUAACGCUAACGACAGCCCCAACAAGGGAACUGGCGACAGCUGUGCUAGAGGCGGGGGCGCCACCGUUGGCGAGGGUCCGACUCUCACGGGUGCCUUGCGCCACACCGGAGUGAGCACCAUGGUCAAUAUGCACCUGGCGCAGGCGGAGCGAGCGCUGAUAGCGGCCGCCCCAACCUUACACGUUCGUGGCGGCGGUGGCGGUGGUGGUGAUGGCGACGGUCGUUCCGGGAUCCUUCAGACGAGCGGGCAACACAACAACGUGGGAUCCCGGAAAAAGUGGAUUUGGUCAGACAAGGCCACCGGGGCGAGGCAAGGUGCAAGGGUGCCAGGGGGCUGGGUAGAGGAGGAGGGGGCGACGGCGGCGGCUGCGGCGGUGGCGGCGGAAGCGGUACCGCUCAAAGCGCCACCGGCCGGCGGUGUCUGCAAGGCGAAUGGGGAGACUACCGGCGAUGAUGUACCAGCCGUGGCGACGGCAUCAGGCACAGGGACAACGGCAAGAGGAGAAAACGCCGACGCCGAGACCAAUCAACGCGAGUCGUCGGCAGUAGCACUAGAAGGCCGACAGACCCGGGAAGCUCCAGCGGCGGAGCCAGCGGCGGCGGCGGCGGCAGGAGAGCACGUCGCCGGAGGAGGGGCGGAGUGUCGGCGAGCCGUGGCCGCGGUGAUCGACACCCUCAACGCUGCCGUCGGGAGCGCGAGCUCCGCCACGGCGGCUGACCUGUCCAUCGCCCAGUGGAAGGUGGUGUCCGUCGUGCUCCUGACGGCGGUGGGCCUCGGCGCCGGAGCGAUCGGCGGCGGUGGCGGCGACGAUGAAGGAGGAGCGGCGGCGCCCGGGGUGACCGGCGAAGAGGCGGAGGUCGCGGCGGAGGCGUGCGCGAGGUUGUGCGGGGCAGAGAUGGGCGUGUCGGCGAGAGAGUUCCGGAUUCUCGUUGACGUCAUGCUCGAAGAGUAA